AUGGAAGAAAAUAUAAAGAUAUGCCAUGUCAACAAUGGAAUCAAUUUGAUAUGGCAAAGACUUUGUCACAAGAAGGUUCUUGUAGUUCUUGAUGAUGUGGAUGAUGUGAGGCAAUUAAAAAAUUUAGCUGUAGGAAAGAACUGGUUUGGAUUUGGAAGUAGGAUCAUCAUAACAACAAGAGAUGAAUGUUUGUUGGUAAAGAAUAAAGUUGAUCAUGUACCAUAUAGGAUUGAGCUUUCGAAUUACAAUGAAGCUCUUCAACUUAUUAGUUGGCAUGCCUUCAUGAAGAACCAUCCAGAAAAGGAUUAA